AUGGGCAUUGUUCGUAGCCGUCUGCACAAGCGCAAGAUCACCGGUGGAAAGACGAAGAUCCAUCGGAAGCGCAUGAAGGCCGAGCUCGGUCGUCUGCCCGCGCACACGAAGCUUGGCGCCCGCCGUGUGAGCCCUGUUCGUGCCCGCGGUGGCAACUUCAAGCUUCGCGGUCUCCGCCUGGACACCGGCAAUUUUGCGUGGGCCACGGAGGCCAUUGCUCAGCGCGUCCGCAUCCUCGAUGUUGUGUACAACGCCACCUCCAACGAGCUGGUGCGUACCAAGACACUCGUGAAGAACUGUAUCGUGGUGGUGGACGCCGCGCCCUUUAAGCUGUGGUACGCGAGGCACUACGGCAUUGACCUCGAUGCCGCGAAGAACAAGAAGACUGUGCAGGGCACAACGGAAAAGAAGAAGUCGAAGAAGUCCGCGCACAUCGUCACCGAGAAGUACGACGUCAAGAAGGCCUCCAACGAGCUGCGGCGCAAAUGGCUGAGCCGCCGCGAGAACCACAAGAUUGAGAAGGCGAUCGCCGAUCAACUCAAAGAGGGCCGCCUGCUUGCCCGCCUCACCAGCCGCCCUGGUCAGACCGCCCGCGCUGACGGUGCGCUGCUGGAGGGCGCCGAGCUGCAGUUCUACCUGAAGAAGCUUGAGAAGAAGAAGAAGCGGUAG